CGGAGCCGGAGCCGGAGCCGGAGCCGAGCCGAACCGGGCCGGGCCGGGCCAUGGCCGCGCCCGAGCUGCGGCCGCGCCUGUGCCGCCUGGUGCGCGGCGAGCAGGGCUACGGCUUCCACCUGCACGGCGAGAAGGGCCGCCGCGGCCAGUUCAUCCGGCGCGUGGAGCCCGGCUCCCCAGCCGAGGCGGCCGCGCUGCGCGCCGGGGACCGCCUGGUCGAGGUCAACGGCGUCAACGUGGAGGGCGAGACGCACCACCAGGUGGUACAGAGGAUUAAGGCCGUGGAGGGCCAGACCCGGUUGCUGGUGGUGGACAAGGAUACGGAUGAGGAGCUCCGCCGGCGGCAGCUGACCUGCACAGAGGACAUGGCCCAGCGGGGGCUUCCGCCGGCCCACGACCCCUGGGAGCCAAAGCUGGACUGGGUGCAGGCGGGCAGCCUGGGCUCCCAAACCGGCCAGAAGGAUGCCAACGGGCCCCCUCGGGAGUUGCGGCCGCGCCUGUGUCACCUGCGCAAGGGCCCCCAGGGCUACGGCUUCAACCUGCACAGUGACAAGUCGAGGCCAGGCCAGUACAUCCGCUCCGUGGACGUUGGCUCGCCUGCCGCCCACUCCGGCCUUCGUGCCCAGGACCGCCUCAUUGAGGUGAACGGGGAGAAUGUGGAGGGGCUGCGGCAUGCAGAGGUGGUCGCCAGCAUCAAAGCACGGGAGGACGAGGCCCGGCUGCUCGUGGUGGACCCUGAGACGGAUGAGCACUUCAAGCGGCUGCGGGUGACGCCCACGGAGGAGCACGUGGAGGGGCCUCUGCCAUCGCCAGCCACCAACGGGACCAGCCAGACCCUGGCCACCGUGUCCCCCCAGGAUGGCGGUAUGUGGAAGCACGACCCCUUUCAGGAGAGUGGCCUCCACCUGAGCCCCACGGCUGCCGAGGCCAAGGAGAAGGCUCGGGCCACACGCAUCAACAAGCGGGCGCCACAGAUGGACUGGAACCGGAAGCGCGAAAUCUUCAGCAACUUCUGAGCCCCUCCUCCUGCGCCGCCUCCUCCCUGCACACCCAGAGACUGGAGCGGCGCCCCCAGAAGCCAUGUGGUCCCCUACUCCGCCCAGGAGCCUCCUACCCCGUGAGCCUGUGCUGCUUGUGGCUCGCGGGGUCCUGGGGAAUGUGGCAGCCAGAUGUGGGGGGAGGCCCCAAUCGAUUGACACGCCAGAGACAGCCAGAGAAAGGAUGGA